AUGUCGUCCGCUACCUCAUUUUUCGAGUUCGAAACCAUUGAUAAGAAAGGAGAGCCUUUUCCCCUGUCGUCUCUGAAGGGUAAGGUGGUUCUUGUUGUCAAUACUGCCUCCAAGUGCGGUUUCACGCCGCAAUUCCAAAAUUUAGAGACCCUCUACAAGAAAAUCUCCUCCUCGCACCCGGACGCAUUCACUAUCCUUGGUUUCCCCUGCAAUCAAUUUGGGUCUCAAGACCCGGGUACCAAUGACGAGAUCCAAUCCUUUUGCCUUACCAACUAUGGCGUGUCAUUUCCUGUCCUGGGCAAAAUUGAUGUCAAUGGUGACAAGGCUGCCCCCGUAUAUGACUGGAUGAAGAAAGAAAUGCCAGGACUUCUGGGCUUGAAGCGAGUGAAAUGGAACUUUGAGAAAUUUUUGAUCAGCGCGGAUGGAAAGGUCGUUGGGAGAUGGGCUAGUACGACAAAGCCUGAGACAUUGGAAGCCGCCAUUUUACAGGAAAUCGAGAAAGCGGGGAAGACAGCAAAGACAUCGCUGUAG